GAUGGAUUAUCCCACACCGACCACCAUCACCACAUCGCGUCGCCUCUCUUUGCCCCAAACUCUACCCCCCUCAGAGACCGAACGACCGCCGCACCAAUGUCUGGAGACAAAGCCCCCUCAGGAGUCUCUCAGGUCUCCUCCAAAAACCAAGAGAUUGGGAGCGAUGAGCAGCAGCAACCUGAACCUCAUGAGGAAGCAGGCUCUGGCGACCGUCUUGCUAGCCUCAGCCAAGCUCGAAAGAACAUGCUACUCUUCACCUUUUCCAUCGCCACUUUUGUUGACGUCUGCAACGUGGCGGGAACGGCGAUAGCUGUCGCACAGAUCGCAUCCGACAUACAUCUCGGGUCAUCGCAGGUUGUCUGGAUUAUCACAAGCUACAGUAUCUGCUUUGCCGCUUUCCUGCUGUUUGCUGGUCGCAUCAGUGAUAUCUUCCCGGCCUCUAUCGUGUUCGAAGGCGGAUUCUUUGUGCUCGGCGUAUUGAGUUUGGUGGUGUCGUUUGUCACGUCCAACAAAUAUGGCUUCCUGAUCCUUCGAGGUCUCGGUGGUAUAGCUGGGAGCAUGACCAUACCAUCGGCGUAUCAUCUUACUGUCCGCUUGUUUCCUGACCACAAAGAGCAACAGGCAAAGCUCGCCUUACUUGCCAUGACUGGGGCUAUAGGCAAUGUGCUUGGUCUUGUCCUUGCAGGUAUCUGUAUGCUAGCCAACUAUAAAUGGUUCUUCCGAGUGCUUGCCAUCAUUUGCUUGGUCUUUACUGCCAUUUGUUUCCUCUUGCUGCCCCUGACCGAUACUGUCAAGCAUCACAGCUACGGCAUCUCGACAUGGAAGAAACUCGACCUUGUCGGCGUCGGACUCUUGGCCGCUGCCCUCAUCUGUUUCAUAUUGUCGCUGACCCAAGGCCCAAUCGACGGGUGGGGGUCGGCUUCGUUCAUUGCCCCUUUCGUCCUCAGCUUUCCGAUUGCUAUCGCGUUCUUCUUUUGGGAGUCGCACAUCCCUCAGAAGACGGCAGUGCUUCCGAGCUCUGUUUGGAAGAUUUCCAACAUUGUCAUCAUGAGUCUGGCUCUCGGAAUUGCAUUUCCUUUCUGGUCAACAUCGCAAAUCAUGUACUCGACCUACUUCCAAGAAGUCACCCAUUGGACUCCGAUAAAAGUUGCGGCUUCUAUGCUACCUCAGGGUAUCACAGGCCUUAUUGUGGGCGGCGCAUCGCAAGCCAUCCCUCAGAUUAUCACCAAACCCAGGAUCACUCUGCCUCUGGGCAGUCUGCUCAUCAUCGGCGCCGAGAUACUCCAGAUAUUCUCCAACGGUGGACAUGGGCUAGACUACUGGAAGUUUUGUUUUCCGGCUUUCAUCCUAGGUAGUGCUGGGGCUAUCCUGUGCUACAUCUGCACAUCCGUCAAUCUCAUCACGUACUGCCCACCUGAGAUGGCCGGCGUAGCGGGCGCUUUGGUUCAAGUCGUCGCCCAGGUAGCCGCCGCUGUCACGCUCGCCGUCCAAGCAUCCUUUGAAGGCGAUGGCGUCCAGGACUGGAACAAGGCCGCCCGCAGAUCCUUUUAUUUCCAGAUUGCCUGGACUGCCGUGCUUUGUAUCCAGUUUGUGGUCUUCUUCAGAAAGCCGACUUCGCCGCAAGAGGCCCAUGAAGCUACGAGGAGGAGGAUCGCCGAGAGUGGCAAGGAUGUCGGUGUGUAGGCGUCCUGCUAACGAGGGCCCUCCUCGACUUGACAGAAGGCUGCUAGCGAACGACCCAUAUUUAAUAUCGUGCGAUAUACAUAGAGGCGAAUAUGUGUACCACCAUGCACCACCUCUCACGUAUGAAUGAAUGGGCCUGUUUCAUUCAGUGCUUUUCGCGAGUAUCGCACCACGUUAGAUGAGCUGCCGAGCGUCAUUAUGGGUGUGUACAACUAUGGGAUAAUGCCUAUCAAGAAAGACGAGAGAUUUAGGAUUCG